GGAGAGCUCUGUUCGCGGCGUAGGCACUGUUGGCUGUGAAGUUUCCGGCAGUCUGGGAACAUGUCUGGGCUGAAGUGGUAAGACCAUUGAAGAUCGUCGGAAGUAGAAGAAGGAGAAGAAGAACAGAGGGGAUAUUCAUGGAGGUCCUGAUUGAUUAAGGAAGAUGACCUCUGUAAUGUUCUAUGAGCAAAAGUUAGUUACAGUAAAAUCGGGCAGUUGCUAGCUACUUCAUGAACGUGCUCACUCAGAAGGAAGGUAGAUCCUAUCACCUACAUUUCAAGAUGGUAUCAUAAGGAGACUUAUAUGGCAGCAUAUGCAAACGCUUUGCAACCGGUACCUGGAAAAGCUUUCAUGAAGGUUGAUCAUUAUGAACCCAUUUUAUCUCCCCCAGUGCCAAACCUACCUGGCAGACCAAAGAAGAACAGAGUUAGAUCAUCUACUGAGGUCAAAGGAUCUGGAAGUGCUUCUACAUCUGCCAGUGAUACACCUUAGACAUCAUCAAGAAAAGGGAGACUGCAAAGUUGUGGGAUAUGCCAUAAGGAGGUCCAUAAGAGAGCUACAUGUCCUAAUAAAGAUAAAGAUGCAAGUGUUGAAGGAGCAGAAGGGAAUGGACCUAUACCUGUGAAGAGACCUGCUAGUGUUGCUUUUUCAUCGAAUCAGCUCCACCAACAAAUCCACACACUAAUGCUAAAAGGAGUACUGGUAAGUCUAAAGUGACAUGUAGAAGAAUAACAAGGAAUAUAAGUAAACAAUUUGUAACAGGCUUUGGGUGCUAUGUGGAUGUGAACAUCGGGAAGAAGACUUUAAAUGUGAGUAUCAAUAGGUUUCCAGUGUUAUGUAAGUGUUUUAGUUUGUUGAUGUAUUGAAAUAAGUUUUCUUAUUUCUAAUUUUACCUUCAUGUAAUUGUUUAUGCUUGUAGCCUGGGAUGAGAAGUGAGGAAAUAGUUUCAGAUUUCCAGCCUCAAAUGCCACAUGACCCUGAUGUUACAGUCAGAUUUGCAAUCCCAAAUGAAAAAGAUAUCAGAGGGGCUGCCCGAGCUGAGAAGCAGUUGGAUGUGCCAACAUAUAGAACAAUACCUUUCAAGGGUGAUGGUACAGAGGUGCUUAAUCCAGCAAACCUACCUUUUCAACCACCUGGUUUGCAAUGGAAAGGGAAUGCAUCAAUUAGCUCUAGGCAGUUGUUACAGAAGAUGCAGAUCAGGAGGCCGGGUUCCAUUCCAAAGUGAACAUGUUGAAGCAAGACUGCAAAUCUGGAUGAAUGAAGACUCAUAUGUUUCAUUAGAACACUUUUGGGCACUUUGUAUUUAUUAGCUUAUGAGCUUUUUUGCAAUGUAGUCGUAUGAAGACUCACUGGAAGCUUAGGUGUUUUGUAUGAAGUUUUACUACUUCUGGCACUAUAAGGAACUGACUCCAAUUUUGGGGUGCUAAAUUAGGGCUUACAAUGCUUUUUUUUGUAUUUUGUAA